AUGCCACCACGCGUCGCACUUGUCACAGGAGCCAACUCCGGCAUCGGUUUCGCCAUUUCCAAAGCCCUCACAGCUGUCAAAGAUGAAUUCACGGUCAUCAUGACUGGCCGAACGCUGGCCAAGGUCGAAAGUGCGCGCAAGGAGAUCGAGGUCGGUGAUUUGGCCGUUGCACAGCUCGACACCACCGAUGAGCUGUCCAUUGCGAACUGUGUAUCAUUUGUGCAGGAAGAGUUUGGCAGAUUGGAUGUUCUCAUCAACAACGCUGGCGUCGCUCCAGAGGGCCCAGAUCUAGGCAAUAUCUAUCGGACCACACUCACCACCAAUGUCAUUGGCCCGGCCUUGGUCUCGGCCGCCUUUCGACCACUGUUGCUGAAGUCGUCCAAUCCUUACUCCGUCUACAUCAGCAGUAUGACAGGUUCGCUCGGUCUGAUCUCGGAUCCAAAAUCCUACAUGCGCAUCACCGGAGCUGGCUCGCCUGCAUAUCGCGCGAGCAAGGCCGCAUUGAACAUGGUCAUCUUGCACGAGCAGCUCGAAGUGGCCUCGACGAAUUUGAAGAUCUUCGCAUUGUGUCCGGGAUUCGUGGUGUCCAAUUUGCGAGGGACCAGCAAAGAAGCUCGUGAAGCGGGCGGCCGGGCGGGCGACCCCGCAGAGUCGGCAUCGGCGGUGCUCUCAAUCCUCCACGGCGAGCGAGAUGCGGACGCUCAGAAGAUGAUCCACAAGGAUGGUACACAUCCCUGGUAA